AAAUAAUUAUCCUUGAUUUAUGAACUUGUCGGUAAUGCGGCCUCUGGUUGCCAUGUGCCUUGAGAGGCCAACUCUUCUCUCAUGUGAGUCUGUGUAUAUACAAGUAAGCUUUAACAUAUCUCCUUGCACAGCAACUCUUCUCCAUCAGGUCAAAAAAUGUAUCAGAACCACCAUGGUGACGGCUAUCCGGGAUCCAUCCCCGCCACCGGAGUUCCCGAAUACAUUCCUAAACAGCCUAAUGCCCCACCACUACUCUCCCCCGGCCGUGUAGUCCCCGGCAGGGCACCUGCGAGGUGGUCAACUGGUCUUUGCCACUGCUGUGAUGAUCCUGGAAAUUGUUUAAUCACUUGGUUUUGUCCCUGCAUCACUUUUGGACAGAUUGCUGAGAUAGUGAGUAAGGGUUCAUCACCUUGUGCAGAAAGUGGGACAAAAUAUGCACUGCUUCUUCUUACUGGUUUUGCAUGCUUAUACUCUUGUUUCUAUCGAUCCAAACUGAGGGGCCAAUAUGACUUGGAAGAAUCACCUUGCGUGGAUUGCCUCGUGCAUUUUUGCUGUGAAACAUGUGCACUUUGUCAAGAAUACAGAGAGCUUCAUAGUCGUGGAUUUGAUAUGGGAAUUGGUUGGGAAGCCAACAUGGAUAGGCAACAGCGCGGAGUUACAGUAGCUCCAAUUAUAACUUCUGGGAUGAGAAGAUGAUUUAGUCCUUGGAUUAAUUUCAAAUAAUUGCAAUUUUUUUUCCUUCUUCUUUUUCCUUGUCCAACACUCUGUAUAUGCAGUGUGAACACUAUUGAAUUAUUAUUUAUUGCUCUGGAAUAAUGCCUCACCUUGUGCUC